AAAGAAACAAGGGAAAUAAAAUCAAAUAAAAAUCUUCACCAAAUAUAUGCCAAAGUUUUUUCUCUUUUCUUUUGGUCAAGACCAAAGUUUUUUUCUAAAGUUGCUCAAUCCUUCUUAAAAAAAAAAAAAAACAUAAUGCCAAAAAAGAAUCCUACCCCAAAUCUGCACCUCUCUCAUCUUCAUCUUCACUAUUUGUAACCCUAAAUCUAUCUAAAGCUUGUAUCUUUCUCUCUAUUUGUCUGCUUCACACCUACAAAAGCUCUAACAUUUAAAUCGCCGUAGUUGGAGGAGCUAUCAGUUUCUCAUUUUGAAUUUCCCAAGGAGAUCUGAAAGUUUUAGACUUUAUUUUUGAACCGAUUCCAUCAUCAUUAUCAUCAUAGUCCGAUCAUCGUUCCUUUGUGAAGAUCACUUAAGGCAAAAGAUCUUCUUACUCUUUGUAUGGAGUAAGAAUGCCAGAGUUAAGAAGCGGAGCACGUAGAUUGAGACAACCUAACCCUCAGGCGAUUGAUCAGGCGGAAAAUAUUGAGCUUCCUCGUCAGCCUGCAACAAGGAGAAGAGGUGGUGGUAGAGGAAGGGGAAACGCUGCUCCUCCGAGACCCACUGGUGCUGCUGCUGGUAGGGGUCGAGGCGUCAGGUUAAUAGAUUUAGAGGCAGAGCCUGUAGUAGGUGAACCUGCUUUUAAUCAAGUCGCAGGUGUAGCAGCUGAUAAGGAUAACGCUAUGGAAGGUGGUAGCGCUGAUAAAGUAGUUGGUGUUGAAGAAGAUUUAAGCUCAGCUCCUGUCCCUGAAAGGGUACAAGUUGGAAACUCUCCUGUUUAUAAGACUGAAAGGAAGCUCGGUAAGGGAGGCUUUGGUCAAGUUUUUGUUGGUAGAAGGGUGAGUGGUGGCAGCGAUAGGAUUGGUGCAGAUGCAGUUGAGGUGGCUCUGAAAUUUGAGCACCGUAAUAGCAAAGGAUGCAAUUUUGGCCCACCUUACGAGUGGCAAGUGUACAAUACGCUCAACGGUUGCUAUGGAGUUCCUGCGGUACAUCAUAAGGGUCGUCAAGGAGAUUUUUACAUUCUUGUCAUGGACAUGCUUGGUCCAAGUCUCUGGGAUGUUUGGAAUUCUUCAGGGCAAUCGAUGUCUCCUAACAUGGUAGCGUGCAUUGCAGUUGAGUCCAUAUCUAUUCUUGAGAAGUUUCAUAUGAAAGGGUUUGUCCAUGGAGAUGUGAAGCCCGAAAACUUUUUACUGGGUCAACCCGGAACUGCUGAUGAGAAAAAACUCUACCUUAUCGAUCUUGGUCUAGCAUCAAAAUGGAAAGAUUCGCACUCAGGCCUGCAUGUUGAAUAUGACCAAAGACCUGAUGUGUUCAGGGGAACAAUAAGGUAUGCAAGUGUUAAUGCACAUCUAGGUCGUACUGGAAGCCGGAGAGAUGAUCUGGAGUCGUUGGCUUAUACUUUAAUUUUCCUCUUGAAGGGAAGAUUGCCAUGGCAAGGCUUCCAGGGUGAUAACAAGAGCUUUCUUGUUUCCAAGAAAAAGAUGUCAACUUCUGCUGAGCUGAUGUGCUGUUUCUGUCCACCACCGUUUAAGCUAUUCCUCGAGGCAGUCACUAACAUGAAGUUCGACGAGGAGCCUAACUAUGGGAAGCUUAUUUCACUUUUCGACACUCUAAUUGAGCCGUGCGCUCUAUCUAGACCAAUUAGAAUUGAUGGGGCUCUAAAGGUUGGGCAAAAACGAGGAAGAUUGCUUCUUAAUCUGGAAGAGGAUGAACAGCCGAAGAAGAAAAUCAGAAUAGGCAGUCCUGCUACUCAAUGGAUCUCAGUCUAUAACGGUCGUCGUCCCAUGAAACAGAGAUAUCACUACAACGUUGGAGAGACGAGGCUUCACCAGCAUGUACAAAAGGGCAAUGAAGAUGGACUUUUGAUUAGCUGUGUAGCAUCAGCAGCUAAUCUUUGGGCCCUCAUUAUGGAUGCUGGAACUGGGUUUACUUCUCAAGUUUAUGAGUUGUCACCGGUCUUCCUUCACAAGGAUUGGAUAAUGGAACAAUGGGAAAAGAACUUCUAUAUAAGCUCCAUAGCUGGUUCAGAUAACGGGAGCUCGUUAGUUGUUAUGUCAAAAGGAACUACAUAUUCUCAGCAGUCAUACAAAGUGAGCGACUCAUUUCCAUUCAAGUGGAUAAAUAAGAAGUGGAAAGAAGAUUUUCAUGUAACCUCCAUGACAACUGCUGGUAAUCGUUGGGGUGUGGUAAUGUCGAGGAACUCUGGCUUCUCUGAUCAGGUGGUGGAGCUUGACUUUUUGUACCCAAGCGAUGGGAUACAUAGGAGGUGGGAGAAUGGGUAUAGAAUAACAUCAAUGGCAGCAACUGCAGAUCAAGCAGCUUUCAUAUUAAGCAUACCAAAGCGUAAAAUGGUGGAUGAAACUCAAGAGACUCUCCGCACCACCGCUUUUCCAAGUACUCAUGUCAAGGACAAAUGGGCGAAGAAUCUGUACAUUGCAUCAAUAUGCUAUGGCAGGACAGUGUGCUGAUACACACUUAAGCAUCAUGUGGAAAGCCAAAAACAAAUGGAGCGAGCCUCAGGGUCGUCAUAAUACCAAUCAAAGACGUAAAACCUGACGCAACCUCUUUGGUUGAAUGUAAUGAAAGGGAUGUGUCUUGGUUAUGUAUGUACGAGUAACAAAAGAGAAGAUGGAAUUAGUAGUAGAAAGAUUUGGGAGCUUUUUUAAGCCCUUCAAUUGUGCGCUUAUUUUUUUUGUUAACAUCCAUUUGCGUUGUUCAAUGCAUCUCUA